AAAGGGAGUAAACAAAGAUAUGUUUAUCGUGUGCGGACGGUUAAAAAUACACCUGCUCGUUUAGAAAGGCCCAUUUGCAAAUAGUCGGAACAUGAAGUUCUGUUCGCCACUUGAAUGAUUGUUAUAUCUACUUUGUUUGUUCAGACAGCUAAAGAUGCGAUCGCACUGGAUCUUGUGCCUGCUAUUCCUGAUUCCCCUGAGCCACCAGGGCCUGGCUAAUCCCGUCGCCAGAAAUCCCAAGGUGGCCACCGAGUUCAUCAUCCUGCACAACAAUGACAUGCACGCGAGGUUCGAGCAGACGAGUGUCAACAGUGGCUCCUGCUCCCCGGAGGAUGCGCACACGGACAAGUGCUAUGGAGGAUUCGCCCGAGUGGCCUACGAAGUUCGCAAAUUCCGCAAGGAGGCCCAGGAGGGUGGUCUUCCUGUGUUCUAUCUCAAUGCAGGUGACACCUACACUGGCACAGCCUGGUUCACCAUCUUCAAGGACAAGAUAGCCAGCGCCUUCCUCAACAAACUGCAACCUGAUGCCAUAUCCCUUGGAAACCAUGAGUUUGAUGAGCGAGUCGAGGGACUGAUACCAUUCCUCAACGAAGUCAACUUCCCAGUGCUGGCCUGUAACCUGGACCUGACCAAGGUUCCCCAACUGAAGGCCACCAAGCACCUGGCGCACUCAACCAUCCUGGAAACGAAUGGCACGAAGAUAGGUGUCAUUGGCUACCUGACGCCGGACACCAAGAAGCUUACUCUCAACAUGGACGUGGAGUUCAGAGAGGAAGUGGAGUCCAUCAAUGCCGAGGCCAAGUUACUUAAGGCUCAAGGCAUCAAGAUCAUCAUAGCACUGGGUCACUCUGGCUACCAAAAGGACCAGGAGAUAGCAAGGGAAUGUCCCGAUGUGGACAUCGUAAUCGGUGGCCACACAAACACCUUCCUCUACAACGGAGCUCAACCUGAUGCGGAGCACAUCGACGGUCCCUAUCCCACGAUGGUUAAGCAGAAGAGCGGCAAGGAGGUGCCUGUGGUGCAGGCCUAUGCCUACACCAAAUACCUGGGACGACUUCAUGUCCAGUUUGAUGCAGCUGGCAACCUCAUCGAAUUCGAUGGUGCUCCCAUCCUGCUGAAUGCUUCGGUGGCUCAGGAGCCGGAUCUCCUCGAGCUGUUGGAGGUCUACCGACCGAAUGUGACCCGUCUGGAGAAGUCAGUGGUGGGACACACAAAGGUUCACUUGGAGGGCAGUAAGCAGGUGUGCCGGGCCAAGGAGUGCAAUCUUGGGAAUCUUCUGGCCGAUGCAAUGGUCUUCAGCCGAAUGAUGGAGGAUCAGGGCGGAGAUUUCUGGACAGAUGCUGCUAUUUCCCUAAUACAGGGCGGGGGCAUUCGCAGCUCCAUUGAGAAGCGAUCCGAUGGCUCCGUCACCGACAGCGAUCUUCUCUCCGUGCUGCCUUGGGGCAAUGAUCUCUUCAUGGCCACCAUGACGGGUAGCUCUAUCCGAAGAGCUCUUGAGCAUGGAGCCUCCCUGAGAGGCACGGACUCAGACGGAGGCUUCCUGCAGGUCUCCGGUCUCCAUGUUGUGUUCAAUGACGCCAAGCCGGAGGGUCAGCGCGUCGUGUCCGUCCAGGUGCGCUGUGCCUCCUGUCAAGUCCCCACGUACAGCCCUCUAAAUGAUACGGCUGCGUACAAUGUGAUCGUGGGAGAGUUCCUGCUGGACGAUGGAGAUGGUCACAAGAUCAGGGAUGGGAUCCACACGCCACAGCGCCUGCAGAGGAACGACAAGGAGGCGGUUUCCUUCUACCUAGAGCAUCGGGACUAUGUAAAUCCGGGCAUAGAGGGUCGCAUCGUCUUCGUAGGAUCAUCAGCCGCUGGACUCAUAAGCUCCGCCGCUCUACUCCUCAUCUCUUCUCUGCUAAUGCGAGUGCUUAGCUAGAGAAGUUUCUAUUUUAUUUUACAUAAAAUUAAUGAUUGCAAAGGAUAAUUAAAGCGAAAGGUAGUUCUAGUUUCUGAGUCAUACCUAAAUUUGUAAAAACUUUAGCGAUUGAGCUACUGUAAAUCCAAUCAAAUAUAUUAACAUACAAAGUCCGAAAUACUU